UUUAUAACUUCACAAAAUUUUAUUCUCGAAAUUUCUUUUUAUUGAUUUUAAAAUGUCAAAUCCUAUUUUAGAUAUUUCUGAAAAUAAAGAUAACGGAGUAACUAAACUAAUUAUAAAGGAAGGCUCUGAAGAUGGACCUGCCGAAGGAGACAAAGUUUUUGUUCAUUAUGUAGGUACUCUUUUAGAUGGAAAACAAUUUGAUUCUAGUAGGGAACGCGGAACACCAUUUGAGUUCACUCUAGGAAAAGGUGAGGUGAUUAAAGGGUGGGAUAUCGCAGUAAAAACGAUGAAAAAAGGCGAGUUAGCUUUAAUAACAUGCAAAUCAGAUUAUGCUUAUGGUAAGGCUGGAAGUCCGCCAUCAAUACCAGCAGAUGCUACAUUACAGUUUGAAAUUGAAUUACUAGAUUUUAAGCCUGAAGAUAUAUCUCCCAAUAAAGAUGGCGGUAUUCUAAAAUCAGUUUUAGAAAAAGGAGAAGGCUAUAAUACACCAAAUGAAGGAGCACUUGUUAAAAUUCACAUCAAGGGUAGAUGUCAAGACACAAUAUUUCAAGAUGAAGAUUUAGAAAUCACUUUAGAUGAUAGUGGGAUGGUAGUUGAAGGGAUAGAAUAUGCUUUAAAAAAAAUGAAAAAGGGUGAAAAAUCACGCCUGACAAUUUCCUCAAUAUAUGCAUAUGGCAAGGCUGGUUACCCCAAAUAUAACAUUCCUUCAAAUUCAAAAUUAAUUUAUGAAAUUAUUUUGAAUGAUUUUGAAAAAGCCAAGGAGAGCUGGGAAAUGGAUUUGUCUGAAAAACUUGAACAAUCAUCAUUUUUAAAAGAUAAGGGGGGAAAAUUUUUCAAAGAUGGAAAAUAUAAAAAAGCACUGUCAUGCUAUAAAAAAAUCAAUGAUUAUUUGCAAUAUGAACCAGAUGCAAAAGAUGAACAGCUAGAAAAAUUAAAUAAAUUGAAAGAAGCUGCAAAUAAUAAUCUUGCAAUGUGCUAUCUGAAGUUAGGGGAUCAUAACAAAUGCAUUGAAUUUUGUGAUAAGGUAUUGGAAACAGACCCAAAAUCAGAAAAGGCUUAUUUUAGAAAAGGAAUGUCCCACACAGUUUUAACCAAUUACGAUGAUGCCAUCUCCUGUUUUCAGAAAGUACUUGAGAUUGACCCCAAUAACAAAGCUGCCCAAAAUCAAAUUGCCAUUUCAAAACAGCAAAAAAAGUUACAAUUACAAAAAGAAAAACAAUUGUAUGCAAAGAUCUUUGACAAAAUGGCCCAAAUGCCUCCUAUAGAAUCUAAUCGAAAUGCUUUCCCUAAAUCAGGGGAAACUUUUGAAGAUUUUGGAGAUGAGGGUAUGAUGGAAAGCGAAGAAGAGAACAAUCCCACGACAGAAGAAAGUAAUGAAAUUCAAAAGGAACCUAUUGUCACAUGAAAGAUUUUUAAAAAAAUAUGUAAUUUUUUUACAAUUUUUUUUUGUGAAAAUUAUAUAAACAUCUUGUUUGAUGUAAUAUUUUUUGUAUCCAUUUAAAAUUAGAAUUUUUUUUAUAAACUAGUAUAAAUUUGAUUAUUGUUGCUUUUUUAAGCUAAUAAUUGAUACCCAUUUGAUAAUCUUGCCAUUUAUAUGUAUAAUUAAAAAUUUUAUUUUAAGCAAAAUUUUGUAUAACAUUCAAACAAAAUUGGUAAAUUUCAAACGAUAUCAAUCUAAAAAGAAUGAAAUACUCAGAAAAAUAACAUUUUUUAGUUAAUAAUA